AAAAUGAUCCGGAAGACGUCGUACGUUCCGUGACGCCAUCAUCAAACAUGGCGGACAAGGAAAACACAAACAUGGAAGUCGAUAAAGAAAAGAAUAAUCCUGUAGCUAACAGAGUUGACUCCCUCAAAGACGAUGUUAUUCCAAACAACGGCAACGAGAACAAUGUCGAAGGGAAGAAGAGAACCGUCCAGAGCCGCGCCACAGCGGAGUACUGCGAGAAACUGCAGGCGUGGAUGUGGCAGUACUACACAGGAUAUGUGAACUGGCAGGGCUGGAUGGCAGCGUCAGCCAUGUCUUGUCCUUAUUAUUUACAGGCAGCAAGUGGGACACCGACGGCAGGGUUUGACAUUAACGCCCAAAACUGGUUCAACAGCCCGUUUGUCCUGCCGUUAUCGCCUUAUGGCCCCGCUGUCAGCUCUCUGAGCAGCCGGACAGGCGAGGCAGCAGGCGGGGCUGCGGGGUCCGCUCAGCCGCAGCAGCAACAGCCACAGGAGAACGGGAACGCUCAGAGACCAGGUCGGGAGUAUAGUAUUCCUUCACCACUCCAAAGACUACUGGCUGAGAUGGUGGAUUUCUUCAUUUUGUUUUUCAUUAAAGCGACCAUAAUCAUCAGUAUUAUGCACCUCAGUGGAAUCAAAGAUGUUUCCAAGUUUGCCAUGCAUUUCAUAGUGGAGGAAAUAGAUGAAGACACAUCUAUGGAGGAGCUACAGAAAAUGAUGCUUGUUGCACUUGUGUAUCGGAUAUUAGUGUGUUUUUAUGAGAUUAUUUGCAUUUGGGGAGCAGGAGGAGCAACUCCAGGGAAGUUUCUGGUUGGACUCAGAGUUGUUACAUGUGACUCAUCAGUUCUGGUUCAGCCUAACAGGGUGCUUGUAGUGCCAGCAACUAAUGUCUCUCUGUCUGCAUCAACUGUCCGAGCCUUAAACAAGAACUUUUCCAUUGCCUUCUUUUUCCCGGCCUUCAUCACUCUUCUGUUCUUCCAGCACAACAGAACUGUGUAUGACAUGGUCGCUGGUACAAUUGUUGUCAAGCGCUCCCGGGUCAGAUGACGCAGAAGAGUAUAGAAGAGGGUCCUAAACAUUUCUGCACUGGCACUGUGAGAUGUUUUUUUUUUAAUAAAUGCUUGCAGUAUUCUGACAAGGUAACGCUAAAACAUACAAGAGGUUGAGACACACAGAAGUAUGAACUACUUCAGUUCUGUACAACUUGAGUUUGGUGUUGCCUCGGACACGUAGUGUAUUUCUGCAUGUAUGUCUACAUGCUGCAUUUGGAAUCUGCUCCAGUGUCACAUUGUCUCCUUGUGGAGACAGAAGAGGUGAUGGUAUAAAUCACUGUUUCAUUGACACACUCUUUUUGCCUCUUUUUUAAAUCAUCUUCAAGAUCAAGGGCAAACAUGAUAAAUCACUAAGUAUUUAAGUCACUCUUCAUGCAUUCAUGAGAUCAGUACCUUCAGUAUCUAUUUGUAUUAAAACAAGUCUUGGGAGUUGUUACCCAGACGUAUUUUUUGAGUUGUUGAUGUUCAUUAUGGCAGGGUAGAUGAUGAUUCACAGGUUCUGCAGCUGCUUUAACACCGUUAUACUAAAGCACAAUAUAUGUAUUGAUUGGAAAUUAAACCUGAUCAUGACUGCUAUUCCGUUGCUCUGAGCUCAGCAUGUGUGUGACUAAAAGUUAAUGUAUGACACAUUUUAUGUGAUAAGAUUUUUUGCCUUUCAGAGGAUUAAAUGAAACCACUAAUUCCCUG